UAUGCGUUGCGGAGACGAUCUUCUUCGCGGCGCACCGCUCUGUCUCCUGAAUCCGGGAGUCUUUGAAAGCAGCCAUGGCGUCGGGCCCGAUCGGUGGUCUUGUUUUUGUGUUCGCUUUGUCCGUGGCCCUGGCCCCGCGUGUAUCUGCAGGGGAUAGGGACUGCAAGGCCUAUCAUGACAAUCCAUUCCAAAGAUGCACAGGAGGAUUUUGCUGUGGUUCUUGCCUGAACAGAUACUGCUGUACGAACAGUUUCUCACGGUUUACUGAGGAUGCACAAGAAGACUGUGAUUUUCUCUUUAGCUCUUAUUCCUCCCCAAUGCCCAUGGUCCUUGGUAUCGUAAGCGUAAUCAUCGUUUUCCUCAUCUUCAUCUGCUGCUGUGUCUGUCCCUGCUGCUGCCUGUACAAGAUGUGCCGCAAGCCAAGACCUGUGAUAGCCACCAGCAACCACACCACAGUGAUCACCACGGCAGCUCAGCAGUACCCGCGGCAGUCGACCGCAACACCCGGGCAGCCGCAGUCCUACCAGGGGGCCCAGUAUCCAGUCUACCAACCCCCGCAAGUGCAGCCGGGCUACGGGGCCCAGCCAGUGCCCCACGGCUACGGGGCCCAGCCAGUGCCCCAGGGCUACGGGGGCCAGCCGAUGCCCCAGGCCUACGGGGGCCAGCCGAUGCCCCAGGCCUACGGGGGUCAGCCCAUGCCCCAGGGCUACGGGGGUCAACCCAUGGCAACAUCCCCCUACCCUGCACAAGCAAUGGUAGCAGGACCGCCACCAACAUAUCAGGAAGCCACCGGUCCCGGCUUCCCUCCCAACCCGAUGCCCUACAGCCAGGCCGCGUUCAGCCCCGGCCAGCCGGCGUACCCUCUGCAGCCCCCUGUCCAGCCGCAGCCCCAAGGUCCAACCUCGCACAAGGACUACCUGGCCCAGCCAGCGUACAACCCGGACUUUACUGGAUAAGGAGCCACACAGCAGCCACACUCUUUGGCCACUCUGAACAUGCCGCAACAUUUUUUCGGAAAAAAACAAAACAAAAAUUGGCCGAAUGAGUUUCGGAGAUGCGAGACACCCCAGAGCCGCCUCGACUCCAAAGUUACUGGUGGUUAAAUAUAGAAAUGUUAUGACACGUUGAUAAAUGUUGUAGUGUCUCUGUUGUGUCGGGGAGAUUGCUGAGUCAAAGUGUUGAUACUUCUCUGAACGCAUCGCAUCGACUUAGUGGUGAGAUUGUUUUCUAUAUAUAUAUAUAUUUCUUAGUGUCUCCAUCUUGGUAAAUUACACAUAGAACCACUGAGUCUGAUUCUAAAAAAAAAGCAGAUGAAGUGCUUUGACAUUUUGCAGCCUUCUUAACAUGCCUCGACAUCUCCCUCCUGGUCCCCGUCGACGCUGUGCCACGGCCGAACAUUCCUGACCCGUUCAGUUAUUCCUCCCGAGCGAUUGCAGUCAAGUCUCCUGAGGUAAACCUUCGGAGCAGAUCGUAAGUCCCGCCGACUACAACCACCGUUAUUUCUGCCAGCUUAUUUCAAAAUGAGGGCGCUGUUACUUGGAAACAAAUCGAAUCCAAACGGUGUGAUGGGUCUUGCUAGAAAGGGGCUUCUUUGAUACUUCUGCAAAAGGGAAAUGUCAAUUCAAUGGGGAAAAGCCUUCGCUCACAGGCACAGGGGGCUGAUUUUUUGUGGGGUUUUCACAUAUGCAAGGGCAAGUUAAUUCUCAGAUAAAUGUCUAAUUUUUCUUUGUUGCUUGUUUUCAUUAAUUGCAACUGAAAUGCAUCGGCAGCUUUGAAUGAAAACCCCCAAUUCUUUUUGUAUUUUCUUUUUUUGUUCAAUCAAUCAACCAACCAAACAAAAAAAAAAAGGAAAAAAAGUACAAUGUUACAAAAUGCAAGAUACAAUUGUGCCUUCUCAGCCACAUCAUUUCUUUUAUCCAACAAAAAAAUGUUAUACACAACAGCACGAGAUCUUAUUUGCUGGUUACUCGUGCACAUUUGAGUUCAGAGUGUUGUGUUACUUGUACUUGAAUGUCAUUUUACACAUUUUUAAACUUCAUAUUUUGAAUUCUUAAGCAUUCUACCAUUUGUCUUGUGAUGCCCUUUUUCUUUCUGGAAAUUGUCAUCAGCAUUGCCUUAAUUCGACUGCAUCAGCACGGCGGUUACUUUUAUAAUCUAGAAACUAAACUAAGGCGCCUCGCUCUGCUUUGUCACUUCUGCUUUCUGCGGACUGCAAUGACUUUUGCUAAAGUGGCCUUUACAGCUUCUGAUCCCGUUGAGCUCUCAGACGUACAGUCACCGCUCAGAUGACGACCUUUCUAGCCACCCUGCUCUCCAAGCUUCCUCUUGUUCCACUCUGUCAGAGAACACCGUACCCGAUGUAAUCCAUUGUUGCGUUUUAUUACAUGCGAGUAUCACCGGUUUACGAAUGCCGCUGGGUCACAUCCAUGCUGGGGGGCUUAUUUCAGUGUGUCAGCUGACGUGAGACAUGCCGGAUAAUGAAAGGGGUCAGAUGUCCUUGCGUGUCUUUUUUGUCAGUGUAAUUUUUGUAGGAUUGCCCUUUUGUGUGUGAAGUCUGUCCUUAUAAAUGUAUUUUUCCUGUUAUUUCUGUCCUUCAGCCAGUGUUAUUUCUUCAGGACAAUUGUAUUUGGAGUGUUUCUUAUUGUUAUUUGUGUGUGGAUUAUAGCCAUUUCCUUUAUGAAAGACACCACAGAUUUAAUUCUUGUUUUUUUUUUUUUUU